UGUGGUGAGCUAAUCGUUAGUGUAGCUGAGUUUACUGAGCGUGUGUGCUGUGCUGAGUGUGUGUUUGUGUGCAGAAAUGUCUGCAGGGUUUUCUCCAGAGUUGCUGGAGGAGCGGUUGCGGAGUUUACAGGAGCUGACGGAGUUUACCGAAAGCUGUCGCACACAGCUCACCGAGGUGUUUUCAGCGCUGGACUGGGAGCCGAACUGGGGAACAGACUCACGGGAACAGAUGGAGGUGUGCUCCUUUGAUGCAAAUCAUAGAGUUCCGAGCAGAAGCAUGGAAAAACAUAAAGCAGUGUGCCAACUCGUCCAAUUAGGAUACUCCAGGGAGGAGCAGGCAGAGAUGUACGAUCCAUCAGUUUGCUAUGAGGGGACAAAUAUUUCCAGCAUAAAACUGGAUAAACACGAACAGCAUCAAGUUAUCCUGCAGGCUCAGGCAGGUGCCCCUGCAGUCUCCUCCGCAGGAAUCUAUUGCCAAGGCGAUUACUCCACUGAACCUGCGGAUGUGCCUCAGAACUACAAGCGAACAACAUGUGACCUCACAGUGGCUGAUCGGUUGGCUCUGUAUGAUCACGUUGUACAAAAGGCCAAACAGCAGAGUGCACAGGCACAGUCAUCCAGCAACGAGGAUCUUUACGUAGAUCUUGUCUCCAAGCUUAAGAAAGAUGAAGCGCAGAAUGCACCAAAGUCUCACCUUGAGGUUUUAGCUGAGAUGAGGGACUAUAGGAGACGGCGCCAGUCCUACAGAGCAAAGAACGUUCACAUCACCAAGAAAUCUUACACUGAGGUUAUUCGUGAAGUGAUUGAUGUCCACUCUGGAGAGCUAGCAAAACUGUGGCAGGAGGAGAGGAAGGAAGAGUCCAAAACAUCACAACACUUCCAUCGGAAGCAGUCUGGUGAAGGCCGCUCCGCAUCUGUUGAGUCCCGCACCAGCUCCAGAGAGGAAAACAGCUCCCGCUACAAACACCAUUGGAAACGCAGCCGAGAAAAGGACAGCAAAAGCAGGAAGAGGGAUUCUCACUCUCCUGAAGAAAAACACCACAAGAAAAAGAAAAAGAAGAAAAGUAAAUCGUGAAGUAUUUGAUUGUUUAGGGAAGGAAUUAGCAUGUGAUAAAACCAGACAUGCACAGUGCAUAAUCCUGUAUUUGUGAUUAAUCUUUACCUGAGCCUAUGUAAUUUGUGUAAUUUGAAUGUGAACAAUAAAAUAAAAUCAUUUCUUAAAUAA